AGAAUGCUACCAAGCCAGAAGUAGAAUUCCGUGUGAAAACGCUUGAAGAAAUCCGCUUCGAGAAAGCUAGCCGAAGAAAGGGAGACAUUUGGCCUAAACUCAAAGUUACAGUAUCUUGUACUGCAAAUGAUUCUAGUCCAGGGGCAAAACCGUCUCCUGCCAUCAGGAUCAAAACUUUUUCUGAAGUCCUUGAUGAGAAAAAGCAGACGCAAAUGGAAGAGGAGCGGAUUCAAACGGAAAAAGAGAGACUUUCCAAGUCAAAGCAUGACUCUGAACCCCAGAAGCAGGGCUCUAUUGUUAGUGCACCUGCAAAAAGAAAACUGGAGGAGCCUUUUGGCAAAGCCAAGGACUUGGGGGAAGUGCGCAUCAAAACAUUGGAGGAAAUCAAGAAGGAGAAAGCUCUCCGAAUGCAGCAAACUUUGGACAGCACUGUAAAGACACAGUUGCAGGCUGAGAGAGCUCCAGCUGAGAGGAGAUUGUUCUGCAUGACAAAGCCAACAGCCCCUGGAAAUGAAGAGGAACCUCACAUGGAGUUGACAUCUUCUUCUAGAGAUGGCACAGCAGAUGCUACUGUAAAGCAGCAAAAGAGGAAGUCACAGGAGGAGCAAGUGGUUGUUGCAUCUGCUCGGGAAGAAAUGGGAGAAGCAAAAGCCCUCGUGACAACAAAUCCUGCAUCUCCU